UGGCGAGGUUCUGUUUUUCCUCCGUGGGGGAGGUCGGAAAAUCGAAAUCGCGCAAAGUACGAGAUCCGCGGUUGCGUGUGUGGAAAUUUCGCGUUGCUGGCCCCCCAGAUGGGGCUGAUACACGGCUCGUUAUUUUUAAUCCCGGCAUCCUUCAUGCCGAUGCUGCACUUUUCCUCCGAACGUGGCCACCCAGCCUCGGUGGACAUUUGACAACUCCAACUCUCGUCUCCAUCGUUACGGGGCCCUCGGUGAGCGGGCGAUUCCGCCGUGAAGGCCGCAGAUCCUCAGCGCAAUCGUGUAAUCGUUUAUCAGCGCGAUCCCGUGGGUUUGCGGUGAAGUGGUGCUUGUGGUGGAACCAGCGGAAAAGCAGUAUCUAGAGCCUCCAAUGUUCGCGGUGUUGCUGCUCGGUUCUUCGUGUUUCAUUUGUGUACGGCUGCGGAGAGUGUCUUGUUUUGAUUUCUUUUUCCGUGUCAUCUCGCGACCGCUCGUCUCCAUUCCAAAGGUCACCCUAAGUUGAUGUAGUGCCCCGCCGCGCCGUGCACGAUCAGCUGCUUUCACGAAGCCGCUGCACGUGCCAACCGUAUUUGAAAACGGUGCAUGCUGUUUGUCGAGAGAAAGUUGCUGCUCAUCACCGGCAUCUUACAUAACGGUCUCUACCGAAAACAGCACUGGAUUGCAUAAUAUUAUUUAUGUUCUUCUCGCAACAAACGUAACGAUAUCAAUUUGUGACCAUGGCUUCAUCAUUCGGCGUUUGGGAUUAUGUCGUCUUUAUUGCCAUGCUGAUCGUAUCGGCCGGAAUUGGUGUGUACUACCGGUUUUCCGGCGGUAAGCAAAAAACAACGACGGAGUACCUAUUGGCCGAUCGCAACAUGUCUAUCUGGCCGGUAUCGUUCAGCUUGAUGGCCAGCUUUAUGUCGGCCGUGACGCUACUCGGUGUGUCGAACGAAAACUACCAAUUCGGUACCCAGUUCGUCUCCAUUAACCUCUCGUACGGGCUCGCAACCCCGAUUGCGGCCUACCUAUUCCUGCCAGUAUUCUUCCGGCUGCAAGCAUGCAGUGCCUACGAGUAUCUAGAGAUGCGAUUCGGCAAAAAAACACGGUUGGCCGCAUCGCUAGCCUAUACGCUGCAGAUGAUACUGUACAUGGGUAUAGCGGUGUACGCACCGGCCCUUGCUCUCCAGGCAGUGACUGGGCUCGACCAGGCCUACUCGAUACUGGCGAUCGGUGGUAUCUGUACCUUUUACUCGACCAUCGGUGGCAUGAAGGCAGUUCUGUUUACCGACGUCUUCCAGUCGGUGCUUAUGUUUGCCGCCAUUUACGCCGUCAUUAUCUGUGCCGCCGUUAAGGCCGGUGGUCUCGGACCGAUCUGGGAUGCGGCCUCCGAAGGUGGACGGUUGGAGAUCUGGAACUUUUCACCUGAUCCAACUACUCGGCAUACCUGGUGGAGCCUGACGAUUGGUGGCAUGUUUACCUACCUUUCACUGUACGCCGUUAACCAGACGCAGGUGCAGCGGUUAAAAACGGUGAAAGAUCUCAAAUCGGCCCAGAAAGCUCUGUGGCUAAACUGGCCCAUCCUUUCGCUGCUUAGCCUCAGCACGUCCUUCAGUGGCCUAGCGAUCUACUACUUCUAUCGUACCUGUGAUCCCCUGAGCCAGGGACGCAUUAAGGUGCGCGAUCAAACGAUGCCUCUGUUCGUGGUCGACGCGAUGGGCGAUCUACCGGGGCUACCGGGUCUCUUCGUAUCCGGCAUCUUCUCCGCCAGUCUUUCCACGGUUUCGGCAGCCCUCAAUUCGCUGGCCGCUGUCACACUCGAGGACUAUCUGAAGCCGCUGUAUAUGAAGAUUAAAAAGGAACCCUUACCAGAUCUGCAGUCCAGCUUCCCCAGCAAAGUGAUGGCUUUUAUAUACGGGUUGAUCUGUAUAGCGGUGGCCUUUCUGGCGCAGAACAUGGGUGGAGUACUGCAGGCAUCGCUUACGAUUUUCGGCGUCGUCGGUGGUCCACUGUUUGCGCUCUUCAGCAUGGGCAUGUUUACGACUCGUGCCAAUCAGAGGGGUGUAAUCACCGGAUUGCUGGUCGGUUUGAGUUUCUCGCUGUGGAUUGGUUUCGGGCAGCCACGGCCGCCACUAAAGACGCUCGAUUUCUCCACCGAGGAUUGUUCGGAUUUUGGCGGGUUCAAUGAAACCGCGCGCGUCCUUCUACCGAUCGCGAUGGCACAGCGAGCGGCGGCGGCGAACGAUGAACCAAGUGAUGACUCCGGAUACUUCUAUCUGUAUCGCUUAUCGUACAUGUGGUUCAGUGUGCUUGGCUACAUUGUAACGUUCAUCGUUGGAUAUGGCACGAGCUUGGUGCUACGGUGGCGCGGUGCCCAGGGUACCGAGCGGAUCUAUCUCGAUGAGAACCAGAUCGCCUACAACACCGAGCUCUUCUCGCCACCGAUUGCUCGCCGCAUGAAGCAACGUUUGGCCGCCUUCAUCGAAAAUGGUGGCGAUGUCGACGCUUCACGAGAAAACGGCACCGUUGGCGUAACGAUUUCUUCAGCAACGCAAAAACAGAACACGAACGCACUGUAACCCUUCUAGGCUGCAACCAUCUAUUAGCCUGAUUGCCAUUCCUUAUCCCACCUACAAACUAUCAUUUACAUCAACACUACUCCAGGGAUAACGGCUGUGUAUCUCAAAGAGAACUAUAGAAGGCGUCUAUGGUAUGGUGCAUAUGCCAGCAUUCAACCAGUCAGCCAGCCAGCCGGCAGAACGCACGCAGUAACCAUCGUCGUCUUCUUUCAAUGAAGCGCAAAGUGAGUGUAGGAACGGAGAAAGUGUGAAAUCAAAGUCUUCCAGUAGAAAGUGCAAAAUUUGGAAACCAAAUAAUGUAGGAAAUCUGUGUCGUUAGGAGUGGAGCACACAUGGCCCACGGUGUGCCCAUGGGCUGCCGUACACAGAAUGCGUACUUCAGCAACGAGUUCUCCGUGUCCUUGUUCGCAGCCUGCUUGUGUAUCGUCGCGAUAGGUAAAUGAUGUGUUUCUUAAAGCAUGCAUGCCAGUGCUAGUAGUGCAGCGUGCGGUUGAUAUGCGGUGGUAACACUGCGGCUGCUGAGCAGCAAGCGGUGUUGCUUCCUUCUAGAGUCUAUACGAGCACUACACAUCAGGGCAGCAGAUUAUCUUUAGCCUAAUUUAGCGGUUAAAUAAAUUGGAACCGAAUGUGAGAAAUCGCCUGAGUUCAUUUCAAAUACUAUCACCAUUACGUAGAACAAUGCGGGCUUAUACAAUCCGCAC